CCAAUCGCCUCUUAUUAUGCAUUGUGUAAACCGGACGCCGAGAAGAUGCCAGAGAGCGCGUGGAAGUUCUUCUUCUAUCUGAGCACUUGGUCUUCAAUGGCUUAUAUAAUACUGAUUAAGAAAAAGGCCUCUUAUUUCAUCAACCCAUCCAUCGUAUGGCGAGAUUAUUCGGUCGACAGCGCGAUAGAGAUGGAUAUUUAUGUCAUAUAUUUGAUUCAAUUAAGCUUUUAUUGUCAUUCCCUGUACUCUACUCUUCGUGUGGAUCAAUGGAGAAAGGAUUCGCCGACUUUAAUGGUUCAUCACGUCCUCUGUGUACUACUUAUCUCCAUAUCUUUGGCCACAAAGCUCUACUGUCGUCUAUACUGUUUCCCAUUAAAACAAGUAUACAUGGCAUCAGUGUAUGUGAGCGCCCAACAAAUUAAAGUGCCUUUCAUUUUGCCAAUCGUGGCGAUGCUAUGGAUUCUGUUACUGAUGAACGUCUACUGGUUUACGUUCAUAUUGAAACUGCUGUACAAAGUAGUAACAGGUCAAAUCAAAGAAUUGGACGACAAUAGAGAAUAUUCUGUGGAUAAGAGUUCAAAGACAUCAGAAGAAUCAGAUGAAGACCAGCUGAAGAAUGGCCGCUAUUAUCUGAGACAAAGAAAAAUUGACUAUAAUUUGUUACACACGGGAAGAUCGCAAUAA